GAUUUAAUGCUACUGGUAGUGCUAUUCUGGCAUAGAUACAUGUUAAAAAAACAAGGAAUAUGGACUGUGCAAAGAACCAGUGCAGAUAUUUUGCAACUAAACCCAAGCGUACAUACAGCAAAGAGGGUCCUCGUGAUAUAUUAAAUAAGUUAAGGCAAGAAGCUGGUGCUGAUACCGAGUUCUCGCGGCGUAGAAGUGCGUUUGAACGUGAUAUGGAUGAUAUACUUCGUCCGGGAAUGGAGAACAAGUAUGUUUAUCACAACAUUGAAUCUGAAUAUUACCGUCGAGCAAUGCAGCGUUUAGCAAACAAAGGUAGCGUUUUGUCUUGCUUCUAUAAAUUCUUUCUAGCUUUACGUCACAAAGCUCGUCUAUCGACCGAUGUCUAUUCCUUACUAUUUUUAUGCGAUUUUAUAAACUUUUUUGUGCUGCUUUUUGGUUUUCCCAAGUUUGCGUACCGAUAUAAAUAUAGUACUAGUGUUUUGGAAACGUAUAUUCAAGGAAAUAAAGUUCCAUUUAGUUUUCUCCUUAUGCUGAUUGUUCAAUUUUUGACUAUUGUAACGGAACGUGCCAUUUACUUACGAAAAGCUUUGGUUUACAAAAUAGUCUUUCAUUUCGUUACGGUUGUUGGGAUACAUAUAUGGAUGUUUUUUUUAGUGCCCUACGUAACAGCUCAUAGUUUCGGAGCAACUGCACCAGUGAUCUUUUAUUUAAUUAAAUGUUGUCACAUGGUGUUAUCUGCUUAUCAAAUUCGCUGCGGCUACCCGAAACGUAUCUUGGGAAACGUAUUUAUAAGAGGAUAUUCUUUGGUAAACUACAUUGCUUUUAAAAUCUACAUGGAAAUACCAUUUCUUUAUAUACUAAGAACAUUAUUAGACUGGGUAUGUUUGGGAACAACACUUACGGUAAUGGAGUGGAUAAAAAUGGAGGAUAUAUUCCAAUCAGUAUUUAUUGUGCGUUGUUAUAGACAAUUGGAAACAGAUUUUCCAGUUCUUAGAGGAGAGCCGAAACCAUUAUACAUGAAGCUUCUAAUCGGUGGAACUAUUAUAUUAAUUUUAGUAGCUCUUAUUUGGAGUCCUCUAUUUCUGUUUGCACUUGUCGGAACUGUUGGCAAGCCCAAUGUACCUCAUAAAGCUGAUAUUGAAGUAAAAAUCGGACAAUAUGAACCUAUUUAUGUGUCACAAAGCUAUUCAGGAAUUCAUCAAUUUUCAGAGUAUAAUUAUCAAAAAUUACUGAAUGGCUUCCUUUUAGAUAAUUACGCAUCUGACCACAUUCUGAUUUAUGAUGCCGUCGAUAUUACAGCAAUUAAAUUCGAUGCAAAUUCAGUAAUGGUCUGGAAUAUGUCACCCCCCGACAAAAAUCGUCUUUUAAAUGACUUGAAAACGGGUAAGGAAGUAGAUAUUCGCAUUAGUCUCACAUUAACAAGCAGUAAUACAUUGGAGCUUACAAAGCAUGAAACUACAUAUAUUUUAACAAAAAAUAAAGAAAUGACGCGAGAAAUGCUAAUCAAGGUUCUUUCGAAUGAUAAUAGCAAAGAAAAGAUUUUGGUCCCGGAUAUAUUACCAAAAUUUGCAACCGUUCAAAACCAGAAAAUUAAUGUAAAAUUUAUAAGGGACUACGAUGGCAAAUAUACGCGGCCAAUGAUAUUAGAGAAAAAAAAAGCCGAAGGAAAAUCUUGGUGGGAAAUGCAUGACUAUUGUGAUGAUAAAUUUUAUUACGAUAUUCUUUCAAAAUUGCCUGAAAGCGAUUGCGAAAGUGGUGUUGUCAUAUACGUUUUCUGCGAUAAAUCAUUUCCGACAACUAUGAGCUAUAUAGAGAAAACCGGUAUUAUUGGCCUCUAUACAACAUUUGUGUUUCUGGUUUCACGCAUCAUUCGCUCCCUUAUCGCCAACAAUCAUAGACGAAUAAUGUUUGAGGACCUACCGUAUGUCGACCGAAUAUUAAAACUGUGUAAUGAUAUAUAUUUGGUUCGUGAGACUCAAGAAUAUCGGCUAGAAGAAGAUUUAUAUGCAAAACUUAUAUUUUUGUACCGAUCACCAGAAACUCUGAUUAAGUGGACUCGAUAUAGAGAUGAUAUUCCUGAUGAGGCAUUUGGUUCACAGUUCAGUACACGAUCCCGACAACCUCCUUCGGAUGACGAUGAGACUGAACCACCAACAAGGUCCAAUCAGUAAUAUUAAAAAAUACAAAAAAAUAAAAUAAAAUGUAAAUGGAUAAUUUUUAAUAAACUUAAGCACUCGUUUUA